UCCACGUCAGUCUGAUCAACGGAACUUCACUGAUGAAGGGCCUAACAUUAUUUUUGCUAUCAGCGCAGCUGGUGAUGAUUGCUUUUGCUGCGUCUGUAAAGAAUCAGCAAGUCGCAAAUACCGAAUGGUGGGCUGAAAAGGUUAAUGUCCGCGGCGAAAGUAAAGCCAGGAGAACUAUCCAUUCUCUCGCUAUAAAGCAGACUGCACUGAAUCCUCAAAUUAUUGGAGGCUCCGUUGCCACCCUUGGGCAGUUUCCAUGGCACGGCUGGCUGAAAAUUUACGAUGCAACCGGGUCUGGUUUUUUGUGUGGCUGCUCGCUGAUUGCAGAUAGAUGGGCAUUGACUGCAGGUCACUGCAUUGCGCUUGAUACUGCAACUAAAAAAUAUACCCACGAUGUCGUUCUUGGCACAAUAGCACGGUCUUCGCCAUCCACUGGCUUUGUCACGAAGACCUCAACUCCAUAUCGGCACGAGCAAUACGAGACAACUAAUUUUAAUGACAUUGCACUACUGUAUUUAGCAUCAGCUGUAACAUUUACUGACAACAUCAAGGCGAUUGCACUUCCGACAGCCUCAGUGGUUACUGAUGCUGGCACUAUUGGAAUUGUCAGUGGUUUCGGUCGCACUUCCGAUUCCACCCAAACUACAAGCAACGUCCUAAAGUAUGCUGAGCUUCCAAUUGUUUCUAAUGACGUUUGCACCACUGCAUAUACUUCUUCUUAUGAGCCCGAAAACAUGAUUUGUGCUAGAGCAACACAACAGGAUCAAGCGGAUUGCCAGGGAGACAGUGGUGGCCCUUAUGUUUUGAAUGCUGCAGCUGCAGAUGCGACUCAGGUUGGAAUUGUUUCUUUUGGAGGAGAAAGCUGCCUUGGAACUCCCUCUGUUUAUACUAGAGUCAGUGCAUACCUUAACUGGAUUUCAACCAAGAAAACGGAAGUUGAGUCAGCAACAACAACUACAUCUACAUCAACUACAAAAGGCACAACCACAAAAAGUACAACAACCAAAAAACCCACCACAACAAAGACUACGACCACCAAAAAACCAACCACUCCAAAACCUGCAAAUUGUUUAUCAGCAAAUUACAAAGAUAUGAAAACUUGUUGCUCUCCUGCAGGAGCCGAUCUGGUUGCACCCAUCAAAGGAUAUAAAUCAUGCACAAACAGCGCCGGAUUUGUUGCAUUCAAUACCUUUGGUUUGAACAAGUUGCAGAACACAAAAUCGAACAACAGUAUCAGCUUGAGUAGCAUAAAUGAAACUAUUUUGAAAAUAGUUUGGAAAGAAAGCAGUUUUGUUUCUUGCUUCCUUAACGAAAGUGGAGUGUUUGUUGAUGGAGAAAUAGACACUGAUGCUCUGACAACACUUCUGACAAAGAAUCAAGAUACGAGUGGUCCUUGGGUUGACAUAAUCACAGAGGCAGUUACAACCUGCAGCGAUAUCAUUUCUGCAUAUGAUAUUCCGACUUCAAUAACAUACAACAAGGUUACUUUUGAUAUUAGAGGCUACCUAAUGGUGCAGUGUGUGCUCUUAGGAACAAUUGAAGGAUGCCCAACGCGAGUUACGUCUAAAACUCCGUGCGUGAACAACUACAAACUCUUUGACCAAUGCAAAGGUUGGUUCUUUGCCCAGUCUACUGAGAUAACUAGUAGCGCAAAACGCAAGGCCGCACCUAAGCCCCGGCGUUUCAAGACCAAGGGAAACUAAAAGUUUCACAAAAUGGGCCAGAGAGGCCAAAAAUGGGAUAAUCAGUCAGAUUAUUACAAUGAUUUUCCUUUCAAAUAAAAAGUUUUGGUGAU